UUCGGAAAGUGCGAGCCAGUCGACAAAAACACCUCUGGACGACAUGGGCACUGGCCUCUCGAAGCUCUUGAGCGCCGCCGCGGCUGGCCAGCACAAGGAAGUCCAGAAGCUCGUCAAGCGCGGCGUCGACGUCAACGCCCGCACGGACGAGAACGGCACGACCGCCUUGUACCGCGCGGCGGCCAACGGCCACAUUGGCGUCGUCAAGCUGCUCCUCAACGCGAGCGCCGACGUCAACAAGCCCAACGACAUGGGCGAAACACCGCUGUACGAAGCGGCCGCCCAAGGCCGCGCGUCCAUCAUCGCGAUGUUGCUCGACGCUGGCGCGGACGUCAACAAGGCCGACCUCGAAGGCACGACGCCGCUGUGCAUUGCCGCCGAGCACGGCCAUGGCGACGUCAUCCCUCUCUUGCUCCGCGCCGGCGCAGAUGUGCACAAGACGAGCAUUAAUGGCGCGUCGGCGCUGGCGCUGGCCGCGAGCAACGACCAUGCGUCCGUCGUGCAGCUCUUGCUGCGUGCCAACGCCGACGUCAACGGCAAAGACAGCGCGGGCGAGACACCACUCUGCCGCGCCGCCGCGCGAGGGCACGUCGGUGUCGUCCGCGUGCUCCUGACGGUGCAAGCGUGGAUGCUGCGCAGCGACAUGUGCCGAGCGGUGACGUACGCCGCCCGCGCCAACCACGCGGCAGUCGUCGACGCCCUCUUGCUGGCCAAUCCGAGCGUCGACGGCGAGCCAAAGCUCUUGGCCUGGGACGUGGUCGCUAGCCACCGCCCGGCGCUGACGCCCGGCGAGCAGCGCGCGGCGGCGCGGGCCAAGGCCAUGUGCCUCGGCCUCGCCGUGCGCGCUGGUGACGCUCAGCAGACACAGUAUUUUCUGCGUCUUGGCGCCAGUCCCAACGAGUCGAACGAAGGGCUGUUGCACGAAGCGAUCGCGGCCAAGCAGUACGCGGUGGCCAUCGAGCUCAUUCGCGCGCCGACGACCGACCUCGGCCGUCGCAACGAGAUGGGGCGGUCGGUGCUGACGCUAGCGAUCGAAGGUGGCGACGUCGACAUGGUCCGCGAACUUGUCCGCGCCAAAGUCGAUGUGAACGCGACCGACCAGAUGAACGUGGCGCCGUUGCAUGUGGCCCUCGACCGGCGCCAGCAGCAGCUCCUGCCCAUCCUGCUAGACGCGGACGAUGUGGAUGUGAGCAUCCUGGACGCUAUGGGCGUGACGCUAUGGACAAAGGCCCAGAACGCGGGCUUCAACGAGGUGGCGAGCCGUCUGCGCGAGAUGGCGACGCGGCGCAAAAUGAACGAUGAGGACGGCUACAACGACCCAUUGCGAGCGUCGAUGGAGACCCAUCGGCCGCUGCUCACGCUCGCACCGCCCACGAGUGCGGCUUAAGUCGGUUCCUUUUCUUCUUAAAUGCGUAAAUGUGACGGUAUGAGGUCUG